UCUAUAUACUGACCUGUAUAAAGUGAUACAACAACAGCUAUAUGUAUAGGUAUAAAGGCAUAGCAUGGUGUUUAAGUCAGUAGUGUUAUCGCACAGGGGACAUGUUCUACGAUAAAUCUUAUCUAAAGGGGCCUUACUGAGAUAGUCGUACAACGACAUCACGACAGGUGACAAUGCCUCCUAGCCGGAAAAACGUUCUUUAUGGUGCAGCAGGAACAGUAGGUGGCGCCUUAAUCGCAUGGCGUUCCAUGUUUCCAUGGAUCGGGGACGAUUUGACCACCAUGUUAGGCCUUAAACAAAUAAGUGACAAGAUGAACCCGGAUCUAGACAACGGGGUUUAUAUCAUUGAUAAGUUUGAGGAGCACGUAAAGCAACAUCCCAAAAAAGUGUUCUUGUAUUUUGAAGAUAGAGAAUAUAGUUAUGAACUCGUCGACGCCAUGGCAAAUAAAAUCGCAAAUAUAAUUCUGUCCCUUGAUAUCUCGCCUGGCGAUACAGUAGCCGCAAUGAUACAGAACGAACCCUCGUUUGUCUGGACACUUCUUGGACUACAGAAAAUCGGUAUGGUGGAUGCCUUCAUUAACUACCAUCUAACUGCCGAGCCGCUUCUCCACUCCAUCCGGGCCAGCAAUGCCAAGGCCAUCAUCGUCGGCUCGGGAGAAGGCUUGUUAGAAUCGAUUGAAGAAAUAAGGAACAGCUUAUCAGACAACAUACCAAUGUAUGUACAAGGACGUUCAAAGUGUGAACUCCCGCCGGGAUAUCAUUCGUUGGAUGAUGCCAUGGAGAGAACACUUCCGCUUCCACUUAGUAAACACCUACGUUCACAUGUAACGCUGACGUCACCAGUAUGCUACAUAUACACAUCUGGCACAACAGGUCUGCCCAAACCAGCCAUAUGCAAUCAAGCUAAGGCGAUUGGCUCCUCGAAGAUUUGGUCUUCGUUUGGUUUCAAUGCUGUUGACGUAUCCUACGCGGUAACCCCUCUCUACCACAGUGGAGCGACUUUUCUUUGUCUGUUUAACACCAUUGCUGUCGGUUGUACCAUGGCACUACGCCGGAAGUUCUCCGCCCGCCAUUACUGGGAAGAUUGUCGCAAGUACAAAGUCACCGUGGUGCAUUACAUUGGAGAACUCUUCCGGUAUAUUCUAAAAGUUCCUGAGUCACCACUUGAUGGAGUUCACAAUAUUCGAGUUGCAAUGGGGAACGGUCUUCGAUUGGAUGUAUGGAAGACGUUUCAGGACCGUUUCAAGAUUCCUAUGAUCGUUGAACAUUUUGGGGCUACCGAGGGGACAUCAAUCACAAUUAACCUCACCAACAGAGUGGGGGCCAUCGGCAGGAUAUCACCACUGAUGCGACUGGCUUCCAAAUACAAGAUGAGUGUACCGGUGCGUGUGAUACGUUUUGAUAGGAUAACAGAGGAACCAAUCAGGGGAAAGGACGGAUACUGCAUUGACUGCGGCGCAGGCGAAAACGGUUUGAUCAUUUCUGCCGUACCGGAAACUACGACACAAUUCUACCUGGGAUCCAAGGCGAUUAAUGAGAAAAAGUUCCUCCGGGACGUAUUUGUCAAAGACGACGCCUACUUUAAUUUUGGUGACGUAGUUGCCAUUGACAAAGACUAUUAUUUGUACUUCCGGGACAGACUGGGGGACACAUUUCGUUGGAAAAGUGAAAACGUGUCUACACGUGAGGUAGCUGAAGUGUUGAGUACCCUGUCGUUUAUACAGGAUAUCAACGUGUACGGUGUAGAAGUACCGGAUAAUGAUGGGAAAGCAGGAAUGGCAGCUAUUUUGUUAAAGGAUGACGUUUCCGUAACACCGGAAAUACUGCAGCAAAUCUACCGGAAAUGCGCAAAGUCACUUCCAGGGUAUGCUCGGCCUAUAUUUCUACGGUUUCAGGCCAAUUUCGAGGUUACCCAAACAAUGAAGCAUAGAAAGGUUGACCUUGUUAAAGAGGGUUAUAACCCUGACCUCACAAGCGACCCUCUGUAUUGUGUGGAUGUAGAAAACAAAACAUUUUCACCGCUAGUUUCUUCAUCUUAUCAACAAGUUAUCAAGUCGAGGCUAUAGAGAAAAAUACUGUAAAUCGUUUUGUAUUCGUGUGAACUUUAACUUAGAUACGGUGCAGAUUUAUUGAAUUUUCCAACUCAGGUGGUGAUAUUUUGAUAUUGAGAGCAACUAGCUAUGCAAUUUCUAUUUGCAUAAGAUUGAUGUUAGCAAAUGCGUUGUUUCGUUAUAUAAUGCGAAAAUUAGUAUCCCUCAAAAAUAAAGAUAGGAUAUUUGUUAAAGGAAAAUAGUAUGAAAUAACAUAAGAAAAAACUACUCUGCGUCAAUCAUUCAAGAGCGACUACUCGUUUAGCCUUACAUGACAAAAAUACAUUCUGUUUACGUCACAUUAUACUAUGUCAGGAACGAUAACUCAGAUUAUCCUAGAGUCUAUCCUGUACAGUACAAUGAUGGCAAGAUGAUUCACGUCCCCUCUCAAAUUCUGGGAACCUAUUGAUAUUACUUCUUUUUUCAAUAAUGGUGACAUUGUACUAUCUUGCUGGGAAAUUGUCUGUAAAUUUUAUAAAAAAAAACGACUGUCGGACUCCUGAAACGUCAGAACGUUAAAUGAAAGUAUUGACAGGCAAUUUACUCCUAUAUUUUUGUCUUUCCUUUUUCACCCUAGAUAGCGACCAUACGUUGUGAUUAUCCAGGACAUUAAAGGUUUAUAACGUGAGUUGCAUUUGGUCGGGUUUGUUCAUAUUUUUGAUGAUCAUACAUACGAUGAACUUUUGUUAUUACAUCGGUUGUUGAGGGGGAGUACGUAACAGUCUAUUUCAAUUAUAAAAUGUACUAACCUUUCAAGACACUAUAUUGAUCAGUGUGCUUUUGUAAUUUGAUUUUUACAGGGGCGUAGGUGUCCUGUCAUGUAAGCAAAGAAGCAGUUCCAUACACAUACAGUAUUCAUAAAUAUUAUAUUUAAUUCAAUAUUAUUGUAUUAAUUAUGUGUAGUUCGAAACCGAAAUAGUGAUGUACCGUCUUGAUGGAAGAAAUUCUUAAAAGGGUUCCUUAAAUAAAUAAUAACUUUGUAAAAAAAGUCUUAAUUAUUAAAUGCAUCCAACACUCAAAUUUUGCUCCCAAAACCCAAUGAAGAGCACCUAAGAUCUAGAUAUCCAAUGAUCCCUGGAAAAGUAGCGGUCUCCCUAAGAUAACUAGAUCACAACGUGUGCUUGCACAUCGUUAACUGAUAAGCUAAACGUUGUUUAACAAAUAUGAUACUAUGAUAUAGUGUGUGAUUAGUUUUUUCGACUUACUCUCUAUUGAUUGGUGUAAACUUAUCACAUACCUCAACAAGAGUAGCGCAAUGGUACUUAAAACAGAUUAAACAAUUAUUAUAUUUAUUAAGUUGUAAACCUUAAUUCCUAAAAGUGUCUAUCAAAUAACAUUUUAAUACAUGAUAUAAUUUGAUAAUUAAUUUUGAUAUAUAGAGUGGCUUUUAUUGUGUGUUAGAUUUAUGCCAAUAGAAAUUCGAUGUUGCAAUACGAAGGUGAGCCUAUAAGUAUUACCUAAUGGGCGAAAUAGCGAUUGGAAUCUUAUUUAUAUAACACAUAGUAGUCAAUAUAAAAUGAUGGAGACUGAGAUGGAUAUUCGUUGUGUUGUACAUUUCCCACAUUGUCAUCGCACAUAGAAAUAAUCGAACCAUUUACGUCGUCACAAAACGAGAUAAACAUAUUUCGUCAAUAGAUCAGUACCAUACAUAUGUUUAAGCAGAUUAAAGAAAAUCAGCUCUUACAACAUACAUGUACAAUGAACCGUUUAGCUGUCAACUCAUCCCCCCUUUGUCGUUGGUAAUAAUAACAAUGAAGAAGAAUAUAAUACAUUUAACUCAAUUAAAUUAAGAAUAAAACAUGAAGUGAAAUGAAGGAAAAUGUGUACCGGACAUUGAUAGAAAAAUCACCCGAUUGUGCUAUCUGAUAUUGAUAUAUCAAUUUUGAUCUUGCCCCAUCAAAUAAAAUAAUGCGAUAACGCCAAUACACAUUUAAAAUGACGUCGUAGGCAACACAGAAGCGCGAUGAUUGUCUGGGCUGCGAUAUCCAUUAUGCGUAAUUCCACGUGAUACUUGUUACCGCUUCGAGUAUUUUCAGAUACAUCUACAUCUAGAUAUGCAUACAGGAAUAUGUCUCAUUCGUAAUAACGACAAUAUAAUCCAAUAUGGACACUGGAUCCGAAGAAACAAACGUUCGUUGGAUACGUAUUACUGCAAUGGAUAUAUACGCAAAAUAAUAAGAACAGUGCAGAGAAGGGAAUUUGGCAGAUUUUUAGGGCAAUUCACUCCCUUUUCAAGACAAUUCAGGGCACUAUGAAACCAAUACUACAACAUAAAAUACAUAAACACAAAUCAGUUAUCACUUAUGAAACAUACUGUUGUUAUCGCAAAUCCCUUCUUUAAGUAUGUAACCGAAGACAUAUUAUCGUAAAAAAACCAUCU